UUUUCAAUAGCACACGACAGGAUUAACCGUGCAUCACACGAUGUGGAAACUGGCUUCUUUUUAAUUAUUUAAACGCAUAUAGAAAACAGAAUAAAAGCAAGAAUGGGUCAACCAAAACCCUAGAAUCAAUCAAAAAUAGAGGAGACGCUAGGCGUAACAAAUAUUUUCUUUUUUUCGUUUCUAAACACUCAUCGUCUUCUCUGAGAAUCGAUUUUAUUUGUCAGGUAAUUGUUCUGCUGAUAAUAUGGCUGGUCAGAGAAAUAGUUAUGGGAAGCGGGCUCGUUCUCAGUCUGACUAUCCCGAUAAUGGAGCAAAUAAAAGGAGAAAUGCUGGUGAUGACAGGGAGCAAUUUGUUGUUGAUCCGGAAGAUACUGUUUAUCGGUAUUUAUGCCCUGCAAGAAAGAUAGGAAGCAUUAUUGGAAGGGGAGGGGAGAUUGUGAAGCAAUUAAGAGUAGACACUAAAUCAAAGAUUAGAAUUGGUGAGACAGUUCCUGGUUCUGAGGAGCGAGUGGUUACUAUCUACAGCUCACGGGAUGAGACAAAUGCUGUUGAAGAUGGUGACAGUUUUGUUUCUCCUGCUCAAGAUGCUUUAUUCCGGGUGCAUGACAAAGUUGUUGCAGAAGAUUUGCAUGGUGAUGAAGAAUCAGAAGGCCACCCAAUCACUGCUCGGCUUCUUGUAUCUUCUGAUCAGAUUGGAUGCAUCAUAGGAAAGGGUGGGCAGAUUGUUCAGAACAUACGCAGUGAAACUGGUGCUCAGAUCCGCAUUCUUAAGGAUGAUUUACCUUCUUGUGCCUUGCCCACGGAUGAGCUUGUACAGAUAUCUGGGGAAGCUGCAGUUGUGAAGAAGGCUCUGCAUCAAAUUGCAUCUCGCCUUCAUGAGAAUCCUUCACGAUCUCAGCACUUGCUUGCUUCUGCCAUGUCCAAUGCAUAUACUGCUGGUGGUGCUCCGAUUGUACCAUUAGCUUCAUUGGUGGGUCCUUACGGAGGAUACAAAGGUGACGCUGGAGAAUGGCCACGCUCAUUGUACUCUGCUCCAAGAGAUGAGAGAUCAUCAAAAGAAUUUUCCCUUCGUAUAGUUUGUCCAAAUGCUAAUAUUGGAGGUGUAAUUGGUAAAGGUGGUGCAAUAAUCAACCAGAUCAGGCAGGAAUCUGGUGCAGCCAUUAAAGUUGAUAGCUCAAGCAGCGAUGGAGAUGAUUGCUUAAUAACAAUAUCAACCAAGGAGUUUUUUGAGGAUACAUUUUCACCUACUAUUGAAGCUGCUGCAAGGUUGCAACCAAGAUGCAGUGAGAAGGUUGAAAGAGACUCCGGAAUUAUAUCAUUCACAACCCGUUUACUUGUGCCAACCUCACGUAUUGGCUGCCUUAUUGGUAAAGGAGGAUCUAUUGUAACUGAGAUGAGGCGGAUGACAAAAGCUAACAUUCGUAUCUUGUCUAAGGAAAACCUUCCUAAGAUUGCAUCUGAAGAUGAUGAGAUGGUCCAGAUUGCUGGGGACCUUGACGUUGCGAAGGAUGCCCUUGUACAAAUAACAACACGGCUAAGAGCAAAUUUUUUUGAUAGGGAAGGUGUUGUUUCUCCAUUAGUGCCAGUUUUACCAUAUCUCCCUAUGCCAACUGAGGGAACAGAUAGUUUGAGUUAUGAAAGUAGAGAGAGCAAGAGGCAUGGACGGGGGCAUACCUAUUCUGGUGGUUAUGGCAGCAGUGAUUUAGCUCCUAGUGAAAGCUAUGGAACUUAUGGUGCCCCCCAGAUUGGUGUUAGUAACAGUGCUUAUGGAGCUUAUGGAGGUUAUUCAUCAGGACGCAGUGGUCCCUCUGGGUUAUCCAGCCAUAACUCUGUUUCCCGGCGCAAAAACUAUGGUUACUAAAUUCUUUUUGAUUGGUACGUGCUGACAGACUAUAGUUUUAUUUUUGGUUCUGUUAUGUGUAUUAUUAUAACUGGCAAUUCUCUGAUUGGACCGGUACAUACUAGUGUAUGACAGUUGGAUAACAUAGCCUCUCCGAUCUCCAUAUUUAGGGUUCUGAUGCACUUGUUUUCCCUUUGUUGCCUAUCCAUUCCCAUUAAAACAGCUGAGAUUUACGAAGCCUGAAGCCCGCCUAGUGCCUACUUUGAUGAAGCCUGCCUAAACCGGAAGACCAGAUGAACCAGGGCCCACCUUGAUGCUACUACCUAGAAGGACCAAAUAUAUGUGGAGAUAUUACUAUUCUCUUUGAAAUUUGCCAUGUCCAUGCCACCAAAAUACCAAGCUCUAUAAUAUGUGCUCCCAAGAACCUUGCUAGCCGGAAAUGGCUGUUGCUGCCUUACAGUUCCUUUUUUGUUUGAUGUCGUUUCUGCUUAGUAGUUUUGCAUUUGUUUAGUCGUUCAAAACCUUGUUGCUUCUUCCAUCUUCUGACUGUUGUACCAAGUGCCUGGUUUAUAAUUUGUCUUCUGCUUUCUCUUAAUUGUUCAGUAGUCUGAAUUUAUGGUUGGAUCUUAUCCUGAACUUAACCAGUUUACCCUGAAAAGUAUUGCAGAAGACAACCUGGUUUGCAGGCAUUUUUAUUAUAUGUUAUUAACAUCUAAAGCAGCUCAGUAGUCCUUGAGCCGAUUAAUGUUUAUUAAUCAAGUUGUCAUUUGCUUUCCUACUUAAAAUUCUUGAGGGAAUACCUCGGAAAACAUAUCUAAAAAGAACUUCAAAAUGAAAUACCGAACUUUCCCUUAAUCAUGUAACAACUUUAUUGUAUAAUAAUGUAUAGCUAGUUUUGGCACGCACUAUCUUAAUGAUGCUGGGAAUUGAUGCAUCGAGUCGUCUACCGUUACAGUGUUGACUCUAUAUUGGUUUUCAGUGGUAUAUGUAUAUAGCAAUGUUUCUAGGAAAAUUGCUAGUUCAGGGAGUUGCAGAGCUGGAUGCAGAAUGAUCAUAAGCAUGAGAAAGGGCUAUGUCUUGUUUGUCUUCUGCAAUCCGUAGAUUUUUGGAUUUUGGCAUGCGCAAUGAUCUCAAGAGGAAGGUAAGAGCUUAAAGUUUUUGCUUCUUGUUUGUAACUCGAGAAAACGGAGCUUGUGUCUAUGUUACCUGGACUCUGGGUGAGUGUUGGAUAUUUGUUUGUUUCCAACUUGGGUAGACCCAUUUUUUAAAAAAGGCUUUCUAUAAAUUGAAGGGUCAGACUCUACCAUGUCCAAAUAAAUGUAGGAGAUGGAUAUUUUAGUGAAAAUGAAGAGUCCGGGUAACAUAAAGUUAAUAAAGGUUUUUUGGUUAAGUGAUAUGGCUUUUAUCUCCCAAUAUUAUUGUUUAUUACAUUUUUUCCGCUGCUUAGAGUGUUUAUAUUCUUAUGAGAACAGGCCUGGUGGCAGGUUCUGGGCGCAUGCCUGCUAAGCUGGAGAGUUGAUGAACUUGAGACAUAAAACAUUUUAUUUUUAGUUGUGGGGAAGAGAGAUUUGAACCUGCGAGAAAUACAUGCAUUUAUGGUUGGUAGUGUGUAUUGUGUUUAAAUCUAACAUUUAUGUAACAGUUUGGUGGAGCUGUUCAAUAAUCUGAACUUGUACCCUAUUCUUAUUCAAUCUAGUUAGUGUUGGUUUCGAUGGUCAACCGCAGAAUGUUGUAAUGGUGAGAUUGGUUUCGAUGGUCAACUGAAGAAUGUUGUGAACGUUUUAAAGAUAUAAA